AUGGCUGCUGCUUCUUCGAAAUCCCAGUUACCAGAAGUAUCCUCAUCAACUUCUAGGUGCUCUUAUCAUGUUUUCUUGAGCUUUAGAGGCAAAGAUACCCGCAAGAAUUUCACUGAUCACCUCUACACUGCUUUAGUUCAAGCAGGAUUACACACGUUCAGAGAUGACAAUGAAAUUCGGAGGGGUGAAAACAUUGACUACGAAAUCCAAAAGUCAAUCCAUGAGUCAAAGAUAUUCAUAGUUGUGUUUUCAAAAGACUAUGCUUCUUCAAGGUGGUGUUUAGAUGAGCUCCUGAUGAUCAUGAAGCGCAGAAAAAUCUGUGGGCUCAUUGUUUUGCCAGUCUUUUAUCAUAUGGAUCCAUCAAAAUUGUCUGAACAUGAAGCAUUUGAUUGUCUUGAAGAGGAGAAGGAUGGCAGGGUGGAGGCUUGGAAGGCAGCUCUGAGAGAGGUUGCUAAUCUGGGAGGGAUGGUUUUGCAAGAUGGGUACACAACUUUCUGUUUUCCCCUUUGUAUUCUUAGUUUCAACAAUACAAUUAGCAACUGA